AUGUCGACCGAAAUGGACGUGGACACCGCCCCCCCGGCCGACCCCAAGAACGGCGCCGUCGCCUCGCCUACUGCCACAGCGGACGCCAAAAAGUCGUCUGCAAACGCCGGCGCCGGCGCCGAGGCGCGCACGGCCCAGAAUGCGGUCGCGGUGCGCAGCAUCGAAGGCUGGAUCGUGAUCGCGACGAACAUCCAUGAGGAAGCCACCGAGGAGGACAUCCACGACCUCUUCGCUGAGUAUGGGGACAUCAAGAACUUGCACUUGAACCUGGACCGGAGGACGGGCUACGUCAAGGGCUACGUCCUGAUCGAAUACCCUACCCAAGUCGAAGCACAGGCCGCGAUCAAGGCACUGGACGGCGCAAAGCUCCUCGACCAGACCAUCUCCGUCGACUACGCCUUCGUGCGGCCACCGCCAAAGGACAAAGGAAGCCGCGCCAGCGGUGUCGCCAACAAGGGCCGCGGCGCCGGCGGCAGAGGGGGCAGGAGUCGAAGCCGCAGCAAAUCGCGGAGCAGGAGCAAGAGCCGGAGUCGGAGCCGCGACAGAGACCGGCGGAGGGACCGUGACGAGGACAAGAUGGAUAGAGAUUGA